UAGUUUCUAAGAUUUUCUUUCAUAUCUGUUUCUUAAUGUAUUGCUUGUAUUUUAUUUAAUUCAUGAAUUUGCAAUUCCAGGCUUCUGCAGCCUACUGGAGGGGUAACAAAGAUCGUGAAAGUUUACAGAGAGUUUAUGGAAUAUCUUACCCUGAUAAAAAACGUUUGCAGGCACAUUACCAGAAGCUAGAAGAAGCAAAAAAAUAUGACCACAGGGUGCUGGGUAAAAAUCAAGAACUUUUCUUUUUUCACCCACUUAGCCCGGGAAGUUGCUUCUUCCUUCCUCACAGGGCUCGGAUUUACAAGAAAUUAAUGAAGUUCAUAAACAAUCAGUAUGAAAAGAGAGGAUACGAAGAGGUUGUAACACCAAACUUGUACAAUAUGAAACUCUGGGAAACAUCUGGUCAUGCUGACAAAUACAAAGAGAACAUGUUUUUGUUGGAGAUUGAGAAGCAGGAGUUUGGAUUGAAGCCAAUGAAUUGCCCAGGGCACUGUUUAAUAUUUCAGCAUAAGAACCGUUCUUACAGAGAACUACCUCUACGAAUGGCUGAUUUUGGGAUGUUACAUCGGAAUGAGGCCAGUGGCGCACUCACUGGAUUAACACGUGUCAGGAGAUUCCAGCAGGAUGAUGCUCAUAUCUUCUGCAGGGAGUCCCAAAUAAAAGAUGAAGUGAGGAGUGGCUUAGAGUUUAUCAAGUAUACCUAUAAUAUAUUUGGCUUCACAUUUAAGCUGAAUCUUUCAACAAUGCCAGAAAGCCACAUAGGAGACUUGGCAACAUGGGAGAAGGCUGAGGCUGCUCUUAAACAAGCUUUAAUUGAGUUCGGCGAGCCCUGGGCGGUGAAUGAAGGUGAUGGUGCAUAUUAUGGACCGAAGAUAGAUAUCACUGUAUCUGAUGCAUUGAAUAAAGAUCAUCAGUUGGCAACAUUACAGCUUGAUUAUCAACUUCCCGAGCGCUUUGAGCUGUGUUUCUCAUCGGAGGAAGGCAAGAUGGAGAGGCCUGUUAUGAUACACAGAGCUAUUUUAGGUUCUGUUGAGCGUAUGGUUGCUGUACUGUUGGAACACUACAAGGGGAAAUGGCCCUUGUGGCUCAGUCCACGUCAGGCAAUUGUUUGCCCUGUCUCGCAAAUCUCUAUGCGUUAUGCUGAAGAGGUAAAGGAUCACAUCUGUGAAGCUGGUUAUUAUGUGGAUGUUGACACAAGUGAUAAGACAAUUCAGAAAAAGGUACGAGAAGCUCAGAUGGCACAGUACAACUACAUUUUAGUUGUGGGUGGAGAGGAAGUUAAAAAUGGACAGGUGAGCGUAAGGGUUAGAGAUAAGGAUGAGGUGACAGUAAUGAGCGUGAAGGGUCUACUCCAACACUUGAAGGACCAAGUUGAAGCUUUCCAUUAACAUUGUUUUAAGAAUUCUGAUAUCUAUGCUGGUUCAUCCACUCCACUCCACCUAUGUGAAUGAAUCGUAAUGUAUUAAAUUAAACUAACCAACACUUAGAGACAGACUUGUGUUGUUGGAGUUGGGAACUUGGGAGGUGUUCUGUUAUUGCAUCUAAAACUAAUACUUAUAGUUUGGAUUUCAAUCCCCAAUUUCAUAUUCAA